UAUACAAUAGCGGUGCUCAGUGACCAUAUUAUGGUGGUUCUACCAUAUGUGAGUGAUGCUGGCAUGCAUUAUCCAGAAAGCAGUAUAUUCAGUUUCUGUUUGGAUGUUGUUGUCGCAUUAUUAACGACCACCUUAGUCAUCCGUUACUACCUGCUAGCAGGGUCUCCGCCCGAGUUAGAACCGAAAUCCCGUCUACGAUACAGGCGCGUCAACAAAUCUUCGUUAAUAGUCGGCUGCUUCUCAGCGUUUGGCCUUGCAAUGUUAUCAAAUUUUCCAGAAGACGAGAACCUGACCGUCCAUCUCAUAGGUGCUAUCUUCUGUUUCCUGUUCGGCGUCAUGUACUGCUUCAUGCAUUCGUGGCUCUCCUUCCAGGCGUGGUCGACGAUCACCAAUCCAUAUAUAUGCAUUCUAAGAUUGGCAUUAGCAUCCUUCUCGGCUGCAGAUUUAGCAAUGGUUAUAUUAUUUGGUUCUGGGCUCAGAUGGUACGCAACAAAAGAUAAUCCGGUAUUGCAUUUUAGACAGAUCAGCGCAGCAUUCGAGUGGAUGCUCGUCGUGAAACUCAACGUCUUCUUCAUGACGUUCUCGCACGAGUUCCGUCACAUCAAACUCUUCAUGCAGCUCCACCACUGGCAGGGGAACCAGUGGGAAGCGUUAGAGGGCAGCAUCGGCACGGCCACGCCCGCCACGGCAUCGCUGACGGACGAGGACGUCGAGGCAAUACAAGUGAAAGGGAACAUUAUGAUAAAAAUACCCGAAGACUGGGAUAAAGGCUACUAUUACUCAGCUAGUAGCAGAAACAGCUGGUCGUCCAUGACAACCAAAGAACCACCGUACAUCAUUGACCGACUCGACGACCUCGCCAUGAAGAACGCCCUCUACAGUUCAAUCAUUUCAUCAUCCUUCAGCAACAUGGUCAUCGGGGAUCUUUUCGAGCCGGGCGUGCCAGCGUCGCCUUUCGACGAGGAGUGCAAGAUUUCGUUCUCUCACCCAGUGUGCUUCUCCGAGUUCGAGGACAGUGGGAUAGUGGGUACCGAUAAUCGGCGGCAGUCGAUGCUGGGAUCGACACAGUUUCACAACGAGAAGAACGCUAGUCAAUUCACCACCUGAGAAUCUUAGGAACGUUUCAUACCCCAUUUUGUUGGCGAUUUUCAUCUUGAAGCCUCUUGUUAGUGACUAAUCUAUUCUGAGCCAAUCGGAUGCAAGGCUUUCGGUAGCUUAUAACAGCUGUAUAUUGGUUUCAUGAAGUGCUUCACCAAUUUACAGAUUUGUAUUUGGACCUCCAUUCACUUCAUAUGGAUGUGAGGAUUGUGGCUAUUUCAGUCUGGUGGGACCUGGGUCCCGUAACACAAAGGUUAGCGAUUAAUCAUAGGCUUUGAUUUUCACGA